AUGUGUGAUAUCGCGUGCAUUGAUAGACAGCUUGGCACAAAUAGUAUCAUCAGAACAAUACCAAACUAUUGUGUGAACAACAGAGGCAUGGAUUGUGGAGAUACGAUAGCGAACUGGUUCAAUGAUUAUCUGAACAAGACCAACUUGCGGGUCAUCUACUUUUAUGAACAACAGGUGUUUUUUCAACGAGAUAUGAUAGCGUUCGAAUCUUAUGUUGAACAAUACACGAAACCAUGGGACAUGACUACAUUCAGUGAUGGAGCGCCUAUUACUGUAAUAUCGGAGAAGUCCGUCUAUGAUUUGAAUACAAGGCUGGACGAAGAGGACAAAGUAACAGACGCAAAUUUUAGAAUGAAUCUAAUCGUGAAGGGCUGUGCGCCAUAUACAGAGGACUCUUGGGAUGUUUUCUACAUAGGAGAUCAGACCAAGAUACAUUUGUGGUCUGCUUGCCCAAGAUGCAUUGCACCCAAUGUGAAUCCAGUAACGGGAACUCGCAACAAGAACUAUCAACCAAGAAAGAAGUUGCAACAAUAUCGACCAGGCACUGAAUUUAAGGCAACACUAGAUACAAACGCUCGGAAAUUUUUAGCAGACUGGCCAUUGAUGGGAACAUUUUGUGGUGUCGAUGUGUGUGGUACCAUUAAAGUUGGAGACGCUGUCAGAGGAUAG